AUGUUCAAGUUAUUGGUUUUAGCUGCCUUAUUGGCUGUAGCUGUCGCUCACCCAACCAAGAAAGAAACCUCGUCUGCCAAAGUCAGCGAAUGGAGAAAGGAGAAGAUCGUAAAGCAUGAAGAGCCCAUUUCUAUCAAAAUUGAAGUUCCAGUCAAGAAAGAAUACCACCAUGAAGAGAAACAUGAAUCCCAUCAUCACGAACCUGCAACCAGCUCCCAAUGGAGACACGAACAAGUUGAAUCAGUCAAGAAAGAAUACCAUCAUGAAGAGACCAAGCACGAAUCCCAUCAUCAUGAACCUGCAACCAGCUCCCAAUGGAGACACGAACAUGUUAAAUCAGAGGAACUAAGAAAGAAACCUCGUCUGCCAGUCAGCGAAUGGAGAAAGGAGAAGAUCGUAAAGCAUGAAGAGCCCAUUUCUAUCAAAAUUGAAGUUCCAGUCAAGAAAGAAUACCACCAUGAAGAGAAACAUGAAUCCCAUCAUCACGAACCUGCAACCAGCUCCCUAUGGAGACACGAACAAGUAGAAUCAGUCAAGAAAGAAUACCAUCAUGAAGAGGCCAAGCACGAAUCCCAUCAUCAUGAACCUGCAACCAGCUCCCAGUGGAGACAUGAACAUGUUAAAUCCGAGGGUAAAUCCGUCGUUUUCGAACAUAAACAUCAUUAG